CCCAAAAAAAAAAAAAAAAAAAAUACAAGCGCAGUGACUGUACACAUUGGACUCCGGACCGCACAAUACUUUCUUUGCCUGCGGAGUCUCCUUGCGUUCUCUUAACGAUGGAUUUAGCAGCGGGAACAGCUUUGAGUAAUCUCGCCCGUUGUUUCAGUCCCUCUUCCUCACUCUGUCCACGCCUUUAUCCCGUAAAUCACUUCGUUUUACGGAUUCUUCCUUGCGCUUCUGCCAAUUCUCGACGGCAUUCUGUCAUUUGCCAUGGCAAGGGGAGGGGUUCUUACACCAAAUCUUCUCCCAAAGAGCUCACGUUAAAGGAACAGGAAGCCACGGAGGAAGAUGUCGAAGAAGUUGAGAAAGAACUCGAGGACGAGGAAGCGGAUUAUAUCGGGGAUUUUGGAGAUGAUAUGCUGGCAAGCGAUGAAACAGAUUUUGAGGAUGAGUUUCAAGAUGAUAAUGAAGAUGCAGAUCCCCAAGUUGGUGAUGGCGGUGGGGGAGGAGGGAUCUCACUUGCUGGAACAUGGUGGGAUAAGGAAGCAUUGGCAAUAGCAGCAGAUGUCUCACUUUCAUUUAAUAGUGAUUUGAGGAUAUAUGCAUUCAAAACUUCAGCAAAUUCUACCAUUCGCUUGCGGAUAGAGAAGAUGUCCAACAAAUAUGGUUCUCCAACUAUGGAUGACAUUGAAGCAUUCUCUUCUGCCUAUCGGCUGCGCUUGGAUGAAGCAGAGGGUGCUGGAACUAUCCCAACUGACAUAUCUUUGGAGGUAUCUUCUAUUAUUGCCCUUCCAAGCUAUUCCUAUGAUAUCUUGCUCUAUCCUAUGAAGAUUUUAGAAGGUCGAUGCACAAUACAUUUCCAUACAAUAAAAACAAAUCUUAUGGACGCCUUUAGCUGCUGUGGCUUUACUAGUUAAAUUGGUUGGUUUAGU